AUGGGUUCGCGAACAAAGUUUUGUUUAACUCUUUUUCUCGUUUCUGUUUUGAUUCUGUGUGCCGGUUUAGCUUUGGCUAAGACAGACCCAGAGCUGAAACAAUGCAAGCACCAGUGCAAAGUCCAGAGGCAGUAUGACGAGGAACAGAAGGAGCAGUGUGCGAAAGGAUGUGAAAAGUACUACAAAGAGAAGAAAGGACGCGAGCAAGAGGAAGAUGAAGAAGAAGAAUGGGGAAGCGGUCGCGGUCGGGGUGAUGAAUUCAGCACGCAUGAACCCGGUGAAAAGCGUUUGAGCCAGUGCAUGAAGCAGUGCGAGAGACAAGACGGAGGGCAGCAGAAGCAGCUGUGCCGCUUCAGGUGUCAGGAGAAGGAUAAGAAAGAGAGAAGAGAACAUAGUUACAGGAGAGACGAAGAAGAGGAAGAGGAAGGCGAUGAGGAACAAGAGCAAGAAGAUGAGAAUCCUUACGUAUUUGAAGACGAACAUUUCACCACCAGAGUCAGGACCGAACAAGGAAAAGUUGUUGUUCUUCCCAAGUUCACUAAACGAUCAAAGCUUCUCCGUGGCCUGGAGAAAUACCGUCUGGCCUUUCUUGUCGCUAAUCCUCAAGCUUUUGUAGUUCCAAACCACAUGGAUGCUGACAGUAUUUUCUUUGUUUCUUGGGGACGAGGAACAAUCACCAAGAUUCGUGAGAAUAAGAGAGAGAGCAUGAACGUCAAACAGGGAGAUAUAAUUAGGAUUCGUGCUGGUACUCCUUUUUAUAUCGUCAAUACCGAUGAAAAUGAGAAGCUUUACAUUGUCAAACUCCUUCAACCCGUCAAUCUUCCUGGCCAUUACGAAGUAUUUCAUGGACCAGGAGGUGAAAACCCAGAGUCGUUCUACAGGGCUUUCAGCUGGGAAGUACUCGAAGCCGCUCUGAAGACUCCAAGGGACAAACUGGAGAAAUUGUUCGAGAAACAGGACGAGGGAGCCAUCGUAAAAGCCUCCAAAGAACAAAUUCGGGCUAUGAGCCGGAGGGGUGAAGGUCCUAGCAUUUGGCCAUUUACAGGGAAAUCAACGGGUACAUUCAAUCUCUUCAAAAAGGAUCCCUCUCAAUCCAAUAACUAUGGCCAACUCUUUGAAAGCGAAUUCAAAGAUUAUCCGCCACUCCAAGAGCUCGACAUUAUGGUCUCUUAUGUCAACAUCACCAAGGGAGGAAUGUCAGGUCCAUUCUACAACUCAAGGGCAACGAAGAUAGCCAUUGUUGUUUCAGGAGAGGGACGCCUUGAAAUAGCCUGCCCUCACCUCUCCUCCUCCAAAAACUCAGGCCAGGAAAAUAGUGGCCCGAGUUACAAGAAAUUAAGCUCGCGUAUCAGAACCGAUUCAGUGUUCGUUGUCCCGGCGGGUCACCCUUUUGUCACCGUUGCUUCUGGAAACCAAAACUUGGAAAUCCUCUGUUUUGAAGUUAAUGCAGAAGGAAAUAUUAGGUAUACUCUUGCUGGGAAGAAGAACAUUAUAGAGGUGAUGGAGAAGGAAGCGAAAGAACUGGCAUUUAAAACGAAAGAAGAGGAGGUGGACAAAGUGUUUGGAAAACAAGAUGAAGAGUUCUUCUUCCAGGGGCCGAAAUGGCGACAACAUCAACAAGGGCGUGCUGAUGAAUGAGAAAGUAAGGAGGAAGAAAUGGAAGGUUUUGUUUGUACGUAGUUUGGUUUUGAGAAAGCCUGAGCUGCUGACUACUGUAACGUGUGAAAUACGUAUGAAUAAUGUUGAAGGUGAAUGUAUGUGAAUGUAAAUCCGGCAUAAGCCUAUAACUAAAUAAAAAAGGGCUUCAGCUAAU